CUCAACUUUGGUUCUUCCACCACUUCAUUUGCGCUUCUGCUUCUUCCCCUAUUAUAGCCCCAGUCCGUUGACCCAUCCGUGAACUCGCUUUCCCUGAUGCGGUUUAGCAGCCCUCGAUCGUAUAUCUGCCCCCGAUGGUGUCAUCGCUUAUUCUCUGAGUGACACUGUCACCAGCCAAUACUGAUGCUUCGAACUCGCUCCUGGGGGGUCCAGAUUCCCCAGAUAAGCGGAAAUCUCGGAAUGGAUGACUGCGUGGACAGAUUAUUUCUUUUCCCGCAGCCGAAGCAGGGUCCGGGAAAAGAAAACAUAUCAGCGCCUGCUGCCCGUAACUCUAUCUCUCACCGAACUUCCAUGCUGCCGACGCAAGGUUCCAUCUCCCGGCUUUGCGACAUUCUCAACUCACCACCUCGAACACGCCAGAGAUCCCGGAUAUAAUGGCCGUCUCAGCUUCUAGUCCAGAUCCGCUGGACGCGAAUAUCGAUGAAAGAACGCCCCUGAAUUCUUCGGCGCAGCAUGCGACUCCCAGUGCAAACACCCCGGAUUACAGCAGCAUAACAAAAGGGCUCACGAGCGACGUGCACAGCAGCCAUGGUAGUGAUGAGGAACGGCCGUUGAUCAACCCACCCGAGUCGCCUGGGAAAGAGGUGACGGCUUUAACCAGUAUAAGUACCGUGAUUGGCGUGUUGUUGCUGGGUGAAUUCAUAUCCAACGCGGACGCAACACUAGUCAUGGCGGCAACAGGCAGAAUCUCUUCUGAGUUCAAUCGACUGCGCGAUGCGAGUUGGCUAUCAACGGCAUACACCCUGGGAUUAUGCGCUGCUCAACCGAUGUACGGUAAGCUGAGUGACAUCUACGGUCGCAAGCCACUGCUACUUUGGGCGUAUUUUCUUUUCGGCGUGGGAUGUGUUAUCAGCGGUAUUGGUCCGGAUAUGGCAACUGUCAUACUGGGACGUGCAAUCAGCGGAAUUGGGGGUGCUGGAACAAUGGCGAUGGGAUCUAUCAUUAUCACAGAUAUUGUUCCCCGACGGGAUGUUGCCCAUUGGCGGGCGUACAUCAACAUCGCGAUGACUCUGGGUCGUAGCGCAGGAGGCCCAGUGGGCGGAUGGCUAACUGAUACAAUCGGAUGGAGAUGGUCGUUUAUCAUUCAGGGGCCCUUAGCCGCUGUGGCAGCUUUAUUGGUGGUAUGGAAACUCAAGCUCGCCCAUCCAGUCACUGAGAAGAGCGUCCGCCGUGUCGACUUUCUUGGAACGUUUCUUCUUGCCACUGGUAUAAUCACAAGCACAGUUAUUAUGGACCAGGCAGGACAGUCCUUCGCAUGGGCAUCACUGUCAACGGCAAUCCUCGCAACUCUCAGUCUGUCAGCAUUCGUCGCCUUCGUUCUUGUUGAACUCUAUGUAGCCCCCGAACCGAUCUUCGAACUUCGCAUGCUGCGGAAGCCGAAUGUGACGCCCAGUUACCUGAUCGGAUCGCUGCAGAUCACCGCCCAAGUUGGAAUGAUGUUCUCCGUGCCGCUAUAUUUUCAGGUGACAUCGAAAGCCUCAGCCACCGUAGCUGGAGGGCAUCUAGUUCCCGCCGUGAUCGGGAACACGCUUGGAGGCUUGAUCGCGGGAGCCUUCAUCCGUCGCACCGGCCAAUUCAAGGUCCUCUUAAUUCUUGCCGGUCUUGUUGCGUCUGUUGCAUAUCUACUCCUUUUCCUCCGCUGGAACGGUCACACUGGAUUCUGGGAGUCUUUGUACAUUAUUCCCGGUGGUAUGGGUACUGGUUUCUGCUCGGCGGCUGCUUUCGUCAGUAUGACGGCGUUUUUGAUGCCGCAGGAAGUGGCCAUGGCGACAGGAGGGUAUUUCCUACUCUUCAGCUUCGCCAUGACGGCUGGUGUGACUGUCACCAACAGUCUGCUGGGGACUGUUUUCAAGCGCCAGAUGGAGCAGCAUCUGACUGGCCCAGGGGCCAAGAAAAUCAUCGAGCGCGCGCUGUCCGAUACGAGCUAUAUCAAUGGCUUGCAGGGUCAUGUCCGAGAUGUAGUGGUAAAAGGAUAUGUGGCUGGUCUCCGCUACACUUAUCUAUUUUCCCUCAUCCUUUCGCUUCUAGGAUCGGUCCUUGCAUGGACGGUCCGAAAACACCAGCUGUAAUGACCGCGGCAGGGAGUAUCCGAGAGCUGCAAAUUGCUUCAUCGAGGCUGGCAUUCGAUAGAAGAAGACUUAUAGACAACUAUUCCUGCAAUAUAACCUUUCUUUUGAUU